CAAAAAGAGUGGGCCACUUUAUUUUUUACGUUUUCCCUGGGUGCACCGAGCACGUGUAGCGCCAUGCCGUCGAGGCCGAUGAAGGAGAACGACUUGUCAAGCGGCCAAGGUGGCCCGCCUGUUUGGCAAUUCUCCGUGCUAUUUGAGGGAGCGACCACGGAGAAGGAACCUUUUACGCUGUGCACUUAUGUGGCCCUCUUCCAGUUCAAGGUGAUCUGCCACGAGCGCAUCUACAAGCGGGAGGAUCGUUGCAACUGCACCGAGUAUUCCUGGAGCGUCAAGCGCCGUUUCAGUGAAUUUGCGCAGUUGGAUGCGGGUCUCCGCUCGGCUCUUCCUGAUUGCCCUUCGUUGCCCAAAACCACCUUUUGGAGGCAAAUCUGCCCUUCUGAAGAAUUCGUGAAGCACCGAGCCGGCGAGCUCUUCCAGUACCUGACCGUAGCCCUCACACUUGCACAGAAGGCUGCGGACGCUUCUUCCGAGUUUUUGGAUGCGGCUGAUCUCUGCCCCAACUUGCCUCUCUUUCUGGGUAUGCAGGAGGCCUCUGAACACGAGGCCCGCGCCUGGGCGCCUCCACCCGCUGAGGAACGCCCAGUGGCCCUGGUGCAUUCGUUCGACAGGGGCACCUUUGUCUUCGGACAUCUGGAAGCAGGAACACAGCUUACGAAGCAUGACCGUCAGGCGGCACUUGGUAACUUGACAUGUACACAUGCCGAGGUGCGACCGGCCAAGCUCCACGCACAGCGGGCUUUUCUGAAGCCGGAGAUUGGAGCUCAAAAGAAGAUCGUGGCCUCACCUACCAUGGAUCCUGGCUCGUUUUGCAGCUCCGUGUGGUCCGAGGCGUCCUCACCGCUGCCGUCCCCCGCCGAGUCACGUGCCACUUCCCCAAGGCGUCGGUCCGGCUCCAGUGAUGAGUCCAGCGCAAGCACAGUGGACACGAAAAAGCUGGCUUUCGAAUUGCAGGUGGAUGAAAUACCCGAAGUGAAGAAGCCACCAUCACCUUGCGUGUGGAUGGAAGUGGAUCUUGACACUGAAGCUUCGAGAUGCAUUGAGCAUCGACAAUGGUGGGCUUGGGCUCGCGCCCAAAGAAAUGAGGAGGAGUCGCUGCCAAUGCCAACUCAGGUACGUUUGGACACCGAGUUGGAACGGAGACGACUCCGUGAACGCUAUGAAUGCGUUGCAGCACUCUGGCGUGAGCUAAGUGUGGACAAUGAGGUCCUGCACACCAUCCUGGGAUAUGGCGUGGAAGGGCGCACCUUGGUGGUGACACAUCAGAUGGCACCCACCUUUGUGGGCCUCCGCGACUUUGCCUUCAAGAAGGAUCGCUGUCACCUUUUACUGACACAGGCCAUCAAGGCCCUGGCCUACCUGCAUGAACAGAACUUGGCUCAUGGACACCUUUGCCCUGAGAGCUUCCUCGUGGAUGAUGAUGGAGGACAACUGGAAAAGCGAGUGCGCUUGAUGUGGAUGCCUGGACAGAGGCGAAUUGAGGGGACUCGACGUGCCCCAGCCACCCUAGGCUUCAAAGGUCCAGGAGAUGAUGGCAGUGCUGCAGGCGAUCUGUGGUCCUUCGGCUGUGUCCUUCUGGUGUGGUAUUUCAACUUCAUCCCUGCGCCUCAUCCCUGGUUUCAGUUUGCCAAGUAUCCCCAGCUCAGACAGGCGAUUCAAAAGGCCUUGGGAAAGAGGCAACCAGAACUUCCACAGGCCUUGCUGGACCUCCAUGCCGCGGCCGCACAAGCGGACGAGAACGACGCGCAUGUGCUACUGGUUACGCAAGUGUGCACCAGGUGCCUGCAAUGGGCUCCAGAGGAGCGGUCCAGCGCCAAGGAGCUCCAGCUGGAGGUCGCAGAUCACCUAUGACUCUCCCAGCGAAGGCUUAAUUCAGAUGUCUCUGGCAGCUUUGAAGGCUUUUCAGGGUUCACUGGGUACAGACGGAGAAUGCAAGUUUCCGUUUCGGGAGCACUCUUUGAAUGAGCUCCCUGUGCAUGCGCCGAUCCCUCGGUGAACAAAGGGAGGACUUCGCCGAGCUCCGCUUUGAGCUGUUUCGUCGCCCGUGGAGGGCGGCUGAGACGAACGGAGGGCGGAUCCUGCGCCGAAUCCGUGCAGGAUGAUCCCAUCGAUGCAUGCUUUUUCCAAUGUUUCGAAGCUCGUUCCAGGGCAAAGAUCCCCCCUCAGCAUUUUUCGGUGGCUGGGGAUUUGUACAAAGCUGGUGAAGCAGGUGCAGCUUCUUCGACAUCCGACUUGUCGUGAAUCGGCUUGUUUUUCCA